AUGGAAAAUCACGAGGAAUUGUCGCCGGAGAGCAAUGGGACAACAACAAAUGGAGAAAUCACCAUUAAUAACAAUGAACGACCGGACAAAACCAAGCAUCGAUCCCAUAAAAAGAAGAAAAGGAAACAUUCCGAUUACAACGCUCUUGCAGAAUGUCGCAAAAUGUUCCGAAUGGAAAUGAUGCAGCUUGGAAAGGAGCUCUUCCAGUUUAGGCAGAUGUGCCAGCAAGAGAUUUCCAAGUACAAGGACCUUCUUAACAAUACAGAUAACAUAGAAAGGGAUAAGGAAAACAACAUAGAAAUCAAGAAUGGAUACAGUACAAUGUUGGGUGGGACGUCCGUGGAACAGUACUGGAAGACAAAACUGGACAAUCUCCAGGCGGAUAUGACGUAUCUAGAGAAGAAACAGGCCCAACUGGACAGAGAGAAAGAGAUUGUGGACAAAGAGGACGAACUGUCUCAACGUCUGGUCAGCCUGGAGAACUACGAACAGGAGAUAGAAGAGUUGGAGUCAGUCCUGGACAGACGACAGGCACGGUGUGUGAAGAGACAACAGAGUUUACAGGAUCUAGAAGAGGACAUUGAGCAGCAUAAAGAGGAGUUAGAGAAAAAUAAACAGAGACUGGAGGAGACUCAGGAGAAAUCAGACCCAUCAGCCACAGCACGUAGACACUGCCAAAAAUGUUUUAAGCUGGAGAUAGCUAAGCGUGGAAUACUUGAGAAACAGACCGUGCUGGAAUCUACAGUGCAGAAGUACCGAGCUGAGCUGGCUGCAGCUUCCUCUAACAGUACAGCCAAGGACAUACUUAUCAACAAGCUAGAUGAACAGGUGAAGUCACUUCAUGAACAGUUGGAACAAAGAGACAAAAAGAUAAAGAACUUAGAGUCUCGUUUGGUUUUGGCCAUUGAAGAAUCCAGGAAGGCGACCUUUAGGAAUGACACUACCACUUUGUCUGACAGUGUGAACUCCUCUCCGAGCAAACGACCAGACAGUCGUGUCAGUAGACACUCCGACAGUGACCUCUCUCUGAGCAAAUCUGCCUCACAAAAGGGAGGCAACUCAUUCAGGCACUCUGUAAGGAGGUCAGAAGGGGGAAAAGACAAUACCAGGGUCAAAAAAGACACUGCCAGUGUGAGGCAUCCAAUGAGACUAAGUGUUGACUAUGAGGAAGACAGAUUUCAGAUGGUGAAGUCUCCUUUACCUGACAAAAGUAAUGCUUGUUCUGUGAUGUGAUAGUAAACAGACAUUUAAGGAUAUCCGAUC